CGUGGUCUUCACCCUCACUGCUCACUCAUGUCUCAUGUCGUGCCGUCGUGCCUCAUUUCUCAUUCAGUCUUUGUGAAUUGCCAUGUACUGACAGUUCGUAGUAGCUGUAGUUUUUAAUAAAACAUAAAUAAUAUCGUUGUACUUAUACAAUCCGUGUUAAAGCAAGCACAUAAUGUUAAAUAAAUCAGAAGAAAGUUGCAUAUUAUUUACAGAAAAUUACGUUGAAUAGUGAAUGAGUUCCAAUAACAUAAACAUUGUACGGAUUCUCUAAUUUAAUUACUGUUACACGUGUACGAUUAGUGUAAUACAGUUUAUUUUUAUAUCAGAAAUAACGUACAGCAAAACAAGUAGUGCUUGCAGUGUGUAUUACAAUUAAACAUGUCAACUCUGGAAGAUAAGAUUUUAGGUGAAAAGUUACACUACUACUGUAGCUCAAGUGAAGAGGAAGACAAUGAUUCUGCGGACUCUGACAAAGAAACAGAUGAAAAUCAUCCGCAAAUAAUUACAGAAUCUGUAGAACCCUCGUUCUCAGAAUGGGAUGGUACAUCUGCCAACACAGGCCCUAAGGGUGUUAUAAAAGAUUGGCAACGGUACAAACAGUUAGAAGCAGAGAAGAGAGAUGAGCAACGAAAAGAAAGACUUCAAUUAAUAAACAAACUUAGUCUCACAUGCCGUAGUUCUCUAGAUGAUGAGAAAGAGAAAAUUAUGCAAAAUGAUCCUGAGCUUGCCGAGUUAUUAGCUGAUGACUUUCUUUUGGAGUAUCAGAGGCAAAGAAUGAAAGAAAUGCUCGCAAGAACUGAGAAACUUCGCUUUGGUAAACUCAUCAAUUUAGAAACGACAGAUCAAUUUUUAGAGGCAAUUGAUAAUGAAGAGAAAUCAGUAACAAUUGUCAUUCAUAUUUAUGAAAAUGAUAUUCCUGGCUGUGAAGCUAUGAAUGGUUGCUUAUUAUCUGUUGCACAAGAUUAUCCUUUUGUGAAAUUUUGUAAAAUACUAGGUUCAGUAGCUGGACUCAGUAAGCAUUUUAAAAAGGAAGGAGUCCCAGCUUUAUUAGUCUAUAAAGCUGGUCAAGUAAUAGGAAAUUUUGUUCGUGUGACAGAUUAUUUAGGAGACGAUUUCUAUGCAUCCGAUGUCGAAGCAUUUUUAAUUGAGCAUGGAAUGCUUACAGAUAAGAAUUGUAUACCUCCGCUAACACAAAAUGAGAAUACAUCAGACAGCGAUUAAAGAAAGCAAAUGAA